AUGGAGAACGUCGACGAUCGCGCUCCGCCAGCCGGCCUCCUCACUGGCGGCAACGCUCAAAUUUUGAUCGGCGACUCCUCGCGCCGUGUUCCGACGGUCAACCGCGCGGGGGAUGGCGCCCCACGCAUACCUCGGCGUGAAUCGCCGGACGGCGGCAAUCCCAGCGACGCCAUGUCGCUAGGGUUUGAGAAGAUUUUGGCUCGCUUUGAUGAUUUUGAAUUAAGGUUGGGAAUAUUGGAGACGAGCCGCAGUAUCGAACCGGAUCCACCGUAUGCUUCGGACGAUCCGGACAUCAACGACUGUCGACGUGAUGGUGGUCCGCCAGACGACGAUCUCCCCUGGACCUUCAACCACGGCCGGCGGGACCGUGGUGGGGACAUCCGUCGCCGGCGUGGGGCGAUCCGCGAGUCGCUAAAUCGCGGGGGGCGUGCACCGCAGUUCGACCAAGGGGGCGCUCCUUGUCGCAUGCGGACAGAGGCUCCGCGACGUACUAAUUGGGAUAGACCAGUCGAUCGGUUCCCACGGGACCGCGAUAGGGAUAUUCGGGGCUAUCGGCACCCCACGGCAUGGGAUCCGCCAGUCGCUCGUUAUGAUAAUCACAUGGCGAGAAACGAGCGACCAAAAGAUCUGACCAUGAAGGCACCCCGGUUUGAUGGUUCUGAUGCCACAAAUUGGAUUUCUCGGGUGGAGUAUUAUUUCGAUCACCUGCAUAUGCCAGACUCGGAACGUCUUCAUUAUGUGGUUAUGCUGUUUCAACCUCCGGCUGCGGAAUGGAUUUUUAAUUAUCGGGAGAACAAUCCUAUGGUGACGUGGCUCGAAUUCUUGGAGGAUGUGCGCCACAGGUUUGACCCUCAGAGUUUUCGUAACAGCAUCGGACCUCUAUCGAAGUUGGUUCAGACAGGGUCAGUAACCGAGUACCAUGAUGCUUUCGAGCGCUACCUGAACAGGGUGAAAGGCCUUUUUGACGAGGCAUUAAUUCCCAUAUUUAUAACCGGCCUUAAAGAACCGAUCCAGGAAAAGGUGGAAUUACAACAGCCGGACUCGUUGGCCGAGGCUAUGGCUUUGGCUUUGCGCCUCGGCGCAUCUCACGAGGACCGUUAUCAGUCGUCCGGCCGCGGCAAGUGGUCCAACAGGGACUCUAGAUUUUCGGCGCCCGCCGGGCAAUCAUCUUCGGGCCAUACCGAUUCGGCAGGGAAGGAGCCCGCGAAACCGGUCUUCAAACCUAUCAGGGUCUCCAACGCAGAGAAGGCGGAGCGUUCACGGAAGGGCAUGUGCUAUCACUGCCCGGAAAAGUGGGUACCCGGACAUGUGUGCAAGCAGAAAAUGUUGUCAUACAUCGGCGAGGAUGAGGCUGACCUUCCGAACGACGAGUCAGAGGGUAGUGAGGGAGGCGAUACUAUUAUUACAGCCGAUUUAUCACAUCUCCAUGCUCUGGCAGGCGGGCCUAAAGGUAGACCGUUCAACGUAAUGGGUUCGAUCGCGCAAACAGUAGUGAGCAUUCUAAUUGAUACGGGGAGCACUCACGAUUUCUUACAUCCGCGAGUGGCGAACAAACUUCAAUUAGCCCUAUCGCCUAUUCGGCCGUUUAGGGUGUACGUGGGCAAUGUAGCGUCUUUAAUAUGCUCACACAUAGCCCGUCGAACCAAGUUGUGUAUCCAGGGCAUCGACUUCCUCAUUGAUCUACACAUUAUGGAGAUUCACGGCCCCGAUAUUGUGUUAGGGAUGGAAUGGCUAGAGUCGUUGGGCAAGAUAUCAGCUGACUUCGUGGGCAAAACUCUAGAGUUCAGUCGGGAGGGAGUCCGCCUAUCACUGCGGGGCGUCCUACCGUCUCCGCGCCGCAUAUCCUUACAGUCAUUGGCGUCAUUAACAGCGGGCUCGUCGACCCAUGAGUUUUACGAGCUUGUCCAAAUUGAGGCGGCAAGCGACGAGGUCACGCAUGGAGCAGAGGAAACAUUCCCUCCGGAUAUCCCUCCGGAAAUCCACCAAAUCUUAGAAGGGUUUCGGUCAGUGUUCUCCCUACCGACGGGCAUGCCGCCACACCGGGAAUUUGACCACCGCAUCCAUUUGUUACCAAACGCGAAGCCAGUCAAUGUUCGCCCGUACCGCUACCCCUACUUCCAAAAAAAUGAGAUUGAAAGGCAGGUCAAGGACAUGCUCGAGCAGGGAAUUAUACAACGAAGCCACAGUCCGUUCUCUUCCCCGGUCCUGCUCAUACGGAAAAAGGACGGGACGUUCAGAUUUUGCAUCGAUUACAGAGCCUUGAACGUGGCCACUAUCCCGGACCAGUUUCUGAUCCCGACAGCGGACUAA